GGGCCGUGAACGCCUCACGGUGCGGGACGGUGUGAAGAGGAGGAGGAGGAGGAGGAGGAGGAAGGCUGUGCUCAGACUAGACUCAGACUGGACACACAGCGCUGCUAAACUGCCCUGUUCAGGAUCUCAUCGAUUCAUCCACAAUGGAGUCUCACCGACUGAGCGGAUCUCCAGACGUCCGGAUACAGAGGAGCUUUGUUCAGCCUCAGAGCCCUAGAAGCAGCCAGGACGGCCUGUUUGGAGUCAGGGUGCAGGUCCAGGGCAUUAAAGGUCAGCCCUAUGUGGUUCUGAACAGUUCGGGCCAAGAGAACCACAGGGACAUUUCCGUCAUCACUCACCAGGCGGGGUACAACCCGGGUAUGGUGAGGACGUCUGUGGAUGAAAGACCAGCUCUGAGACGCCCCCCUCAGUCUGAGACACAGCGAACUGCAGCCUCCUCUGUGUUCCAUUAUCAGAAACACCCAGAGAUUCUGAGACCUUACGACCCUGAGAGUAACAACCUCAAUGUACUCGUUCCUUCACAAACAGCCUCCAUCCAGGCUCCAUCCAGUCCCAGAAUCCCUCUGCCGGCUGAAGGCUCGGGGGAAAACCCAGCUCAGGCGUCCCCUUCAGGUGGACAAAUCACAGCAAAGUCCCCAAACUCCGUGGUCACAGACCCCUUCUUAUCAGUGGGGACGCUCAUAAACCAGUUCAACAGCAGCCAGAGGAAAGGCCGGUGGGGGCCCAGGAGACGACUGGACCCGGAGGAGUGUCGGAGGUCACGCAGCGUGGACAGCAGCCGGACCUCCGACUCCUCCUCCUCCUCUUCAUCCAGCAGAGCAUCAUCUCUAAAAGGUACCAGAGGUGAGACCCCCGGUGGGAUUUAUCCUCCUGGGUCAGCCAGGGCUCGACUGCUCAGCGGAGAAGCCACGUUGGUAAAGAAGACGGAGGAGAACAAGACGAAUGCACUGGUCAAAGAAAAUGGAAAAGAGGUGAUUUCUCCACAGGCAGCGAAACUACUUCACAGAACUUUGUCCAGAUCGUGUAGUGACCAAACAGAUGAGUCUGAUGAAAGAGACACUCAGGUCACUCCUGAUCUUCUGAAAGGACAGCAAGAACUCUCAGUAGACCCGACUGAAGACACAGCAAAACAAAUACUGUUCUGUUACCUCAAGGACGGGACAACUGAUGAUGACUCGACCACUCAGAGGAAAGUUGACCUGCUCCUUGAAAGGAUCAACAAACUCAAGUGGAGGACAGCGGAGAACAUGGAGGAGGAGGAAAAAAAUUAUGAGGCUGGGGUGACGUUGUUGCAGGACCAACAGGCAGCACUGGAGCUGGAAGUGUUCGAGUUGAAGAAAAAACUGGAAGUAGAGAUACAGAAUGAAAAGACUUUGGCCAAAGCCGUUGAGAAGUCCAGGACUGAGAAAAAGAAACUGCAGGAUGAGUUGGCUCAAAGUCAGGCUGAACUGUCCAAACUCAGAGACAGACUGACUGAACUCCAGGCACAACUUCAGACUACCAAACAGGAGCUGAGCCAAAUGAGGGCAGAAAGAGAAAGAUCCAAGACACAGAUGAAAGACCUUGAACAGCAGCUUUCUGAGAUGCACGAUGAGCUGGACCAGGCCAAGAAGGCGGAGAUGAUAAAUACUGAAAAAGAAGCACUUCUGAAGGGUAUGGCGCAGCUGCGUGCAGACUUCCAGGUGAUGCUGCAGAUGAAGGAGGAGCAGGAGGAGGUGCUGCAUCACAAGGAGAGGGAGCUGAGUGCCCUGAAGGAAGCACUGAAAGAGGAGGUGGAGACCCACGAUAAGUACAUGUCUGCACUGAAAGAAGAAUAUGAGCAAGAGAUCGAGAAGUUCCUCAGGGAUUUAGAGUUUGCCAAAGAGAGUAAUAUGGUUCUGGGCCAUGAGAAGGCUCUAGCACAGGAGGAGAGAGGUGCAGUGAAGGUGCAACUGAAGGAGCUGACUCAGGAUAGAGAUCAGCUGAGAGGGAAGGCGCAGGAGCUGAACAACAAGGUGGAUCAGCUGAGUCAGGCCAUCCAGGACUCCAAAUCCAGAGAGAGGCAACUGGAGCAGAGAGUAAAGCAGCUGGAGAGGGAAAAGUUACAGGCGGAGGAAAUGUUGAAGGAUGUGAGGAGGAAUGAGGAGGAGAUGUGCCAGUCUAACCAGUCACUUCUCACUCGCUUGGAGGAUACGCAGAGUAAGUUGACCAAACUCAACCAUGAGCACAGGGACCUGAAAGAGAAGCUUAAAGAGGAAAGGAAACAAAGAGAGGAGCUGUGGAAAACAAAAGCUGAACUGGAGGAUGAGAGGCGACUGCAGGACAGGACUGUGGAGCAACUACAGAGGAAGAUGAAUAGCAUCAUGGAGGAGUGUGAGGCGUCUACAGAUGUGCUUCAGAACCAGGUCGAUGAGGCCAAAGAGAGGAGUCAGAGGGAGUUGGCCGAACUUCGGAGGCAGCUGCAGGAAAAGGGAACAGAGCUGGAGAAAUCCCGACUUGCAGCCAAAAAACUGCAGGAAGAGCUGCUUCCUCUGGAGGAGGAUCUGCGGAGGUGUUGGAGGGAGCACCAGGAGGCCCAGCUGAGGGGCCGGCAGCUGGAGCAGAAAGUGCAGGAGCUGGAGGAGAAGAACGGCGCCAUGGUGGACGACAGAGAACGACAGGUCAAACUCAUGGAGGGUCGUAUCAGUCAGUUAGAAGAAGAUCUUAAUGAUGAGCGCAGCAGUGCUGAUCGCUUGAUGGAACGACUGGACAAAGUCAAAGAACAGAUGGAUCAGUCGAGGACGGAGCUGCUGCAGGAGAGAGCGGUCAGGCAGGACCUGGAGUGUGACAAGAUGAGCCUGGAGAGACAGAAUAAAGACCUGAAGAGCAGAGUGAGUCAUCUGGAGGGAUCCCAGAGGACCAACCAGGACUCGCUGGUCUCUAAACUUAACAGUCGGAUCCUGGAACUGGAGGAGAGGCUCCAGGGAGAAGAGAGAGACAACAACAACCUGCAACAAACAAACCGCAAGCUUGAACGCAAGGUGAAGGAGAUGAAGAUGCAGGCGGAUGAGGAGCACAUCAACCUGCAGACGGAGAGAGACCAGCUGACUCAGAGACUGAAGACGGCAAAGAGGCAGAUGGAUGAGGCGGAGGAGGAGAUCGAGCGUCUGGAACACUCGAAAAAGAAGCUUCAGAGAGAGUUGGACGAGCAGAUCGAGGCCAAUGAGCAGCUUCAUGGCCAACUCAGCGCACUGAGAAAUGAGAUGAGGCGUAAGAAGAAGCCCUCUGCUCUUAUUAAGGAUGAUGUGAAUGAUGCGGAUGACUUUGGCUCUGAGUGAUGUGUGCUGUGAACAAAACACAGUCUGUCAUUUGUAAAUUUUUUGAUGAUAUGUUGGACUUAAUAUGGUUUAUCUUUGACUCCAUAAUUCAACAUAACUAUCAUAAACUCAGGUGUGAUUUUAUCUUGUUUCUACUUAUGAUGAGGUUGGCACUUUGCCAAGGGUGACCCCUAGUGGCAAUAUUUAUAACUGCAUUAUCUAAAAAACUGACACUACAACAGAUUUAUUUACCUGCUCAGAUUAAUUUUGGGAUAUUUUUUGCAAUAAAUUAUUGCAGUGUUGUGUGAACUAAUGUGGUGCAAACUGUGAAUCUAAUAAAUAAGUUAAUAUAAAAAAAAAAAAGUGUUCUCAACAUGUUUGUACACAUCCAAAAAGUCUUCUAACUUAAAAUAAGUGCAGC